CAGAAACCCACAGGAUAUCCUUAAGGUGGCAACACAAUGACCAGCCUUACGGAACAGGACUAUGACAGUGCCACGCCAGCACUGCAACAGCAAAUGAAUCUGGCCAGACGCGCCUGCUGGAGCAGCACAAGGGAAGGUCCCUUGAAUGGUGCUAUAGAGAUUAGAGAUGAAACCACAGCCAGACACAGGCACAGGAUAGAAUUAGCUGAUCCAACAAAUAAUGAACAACCACCGAUGAGAACUACCUGCAGCACAUUAAAUCAGAGGAGGCGACGGAUGCCACACUGCAGUGGUGGUGGUGGCGGCCUUUUGCACCGAAGGAUGCUGGUCCUUUGCGCCAUCUUCUGUCUGCUGGCGGGCACCGCUCUGGCACGCCCCAACACCAGUGCCAGUGUGGGCGUGGCCUCUGCAGGCGAUGGAGACGCUGUCACCCAAGUAAAUCUGGCAGAGACAGCAGCGACAGCAGGAGGCGAAGAUGCCACAGCGCCGCCUGUGAAAGCACCACGGGCGGAAUCCCUGGAGGAGCCGAUUGUCUUGGAGAUGAAAUCAGACGAAGAAGAUGGUGGAGGUGGAGAACAUCAGAAGAUAGAGCGGUAUCCGCUCUCCCAGGUGGACUUUGGUCAUGUCAAGACACCGUUCAUCAUUGGAGUGUGGAUACUGUCGGCUAGUAUAGCCAAAAUCGGUUUCCAUAUGACGCCCAAACUGCAUCUAAUAUUUCCGGAAUCAUGUCUACUGAUUGUCGUGGGCGUGGUCAUCGGAGUAGUCCUGUACUUCUGCACCGAUGUGGCCGUCUCUCCAUUGACGCCCAACACGUUCUUCUUCUAUAUGCUGCCACCGAUUAUCCUAGAUGCGGGGUACUUUAUGCCCAAUCGAUUGUUCUUCGACAACCUCGGAACCAUUCUGCUCAUGGCCGUUGUCGGAACCAUCUUCAAUAUAGCCACAAUCGGCGGUGCACUGUAUGCCUGCGGAUUGACCGGCAUCUAUGGGGAGAGCCAGACGCCUGGACUGAUGGAUAUCUUCCUGUUUACCUCGCUGAUAUCCGCCGUGGAUCCGGUGGCUGUGCUGGCCGUAUUCGAGGAGAUACACGUCAAUGAGAUCCUGUACAUUGUUGUCUUUGGCGAGUCCCUGCUGAACGAUGCUGUUACGGUUGUCAUGUACCACAUGAUGGAGGGUUACACGACCAUUGGCUUGGACAAUGUGAUACCCCAGGAUAUAUUUAGUGGUUGCGGUUCCUUCUUCAUUGUGGCCCUGGGUGGCACAGCCAUUGGCGUCAUUUGGGGCUUCCUGACGGGUCUGGUGACACGUUUCACCGAUCAUGUGCGUGUAAUUGAACCCAUAUUCAUCUUUGUGAUGGCUUAUCUGGCAUAUCUGAAUGCGGAAAUCUUUCAUAUGAGUGGCAUAUUGGCGAUUACCUUCUGUGGGAUUACAAUGAAGAACUACGUAGAGUCGAAUAUAUCCCAAAAGUCGCACACAACCGUGAAAUAUGCUUUAAAGAUGUUAUCCAGUUCGGCGGAGACCAUUAUCUUUAUGUUCCUAGGCGUAGCCACGGUCAACAAUAUGCAUGUAUGGAAUACAUGGUUUGUGGUCCUAACCAUUGCCUUCUGCUCUGUGUUUCGGGUGUUAGGUGUCAUCCUUCUGACAGCCAUUGCCAAUCGCUUCCGUCUACACAAGCUGUCGCGUGUGGACCAGUUCGUCAUGUCGUAUGGCGGCCUGCGUGGCGCUGUGGCCUUUGCCCUGGUCCUACUGGUCGAUGAGAACGUGGUCAAGCAGAAGAACAUGUUUGUGACCACCACCAUAGCUGUGAUCUACUUUACCGUCUUCCUGCAAGGCAUCACCAUCAAGCCGCUGGUCAGCAUACUGAAUGUGAAGCGUGCAAAUAAGCGUAAACCCACCAUGAAUGAGCGUAUACACGAGAGGUUUAUGGAUCAUUUGAUGGCAGGCAUUGAGGAUAUUGUGGGCAAGACGGGCAACUAUAAUGUGCGUGAUAAAUUCAAGCGUUUCGACAAUCGCUUUAUACGCCCACUGAUUAUAAGGGAUCUGAAGGGAGCCGAACCGAAGAUCAUUGAGACGUACUCGAAGCUAACGAUGCGCGAUGCCAUGGAGGUGAUGCGACGAAAUCCCUCCACAAUUGGCCAAAUGACUGGCACCGAGUCGAUGAGCGCUUUGUUUAGGAACUAUACCAAUAACUAUAUUGGUGUCAGGUGGGCACCGCCAACCAUAUAUACCACAUGUCCCAGUCUAACAAAUCUAGACAAUACAUGUCGCAACCUGGACAUGGCUGAGCUGGACUAUAAUCCAUCCAAGAAGGAUCUGACUGAUGCCAGGAUCCAUCAUCUGUUGGCCGAAGAGCUGAAGCCUUAUAGAAGGGCCUCAAUACAAAUGCACCGUCGUCUUAGUUAUAGCCGACACGCAGUAGAUGACAGAGAUUUGUCCACACAGGUCAAUUACAAAAUGCAAAUGAAUUUCCGAAGGAUGUUCAAUGACCGCAAACAUCACAAGCGCAGCAAACGUGGUGCUAACAAUAAGGAACCCAAGGAGAAUGUGAAGCAGAAUCAUGUGUCGUUCCAUGAUUUCCAACAGAACGGCACCACCAAGCAGCUCUCCAAUGGUACGAGUUCGAGUUCAAACCAUUCACGAAAAAAAUCUUACAGAAAAAGACAUUCUCACAAUUCACUUAACAAAUAUCGUAGAUUAGAAAUAGAUUAUAUUAACAAUGUACUUAAUGAAACAGCCGAGGAGAGCCAACAGAAUCCGAACGAAAUCAAUGUUGUUGGCGCCAGCGACGAUUGGGAUGACGGCCUGACCUUCACAGCCAAAUCAUCACCUGACUCGGAUCGCGCGAAUAACAAUUCCCUGAUAGCACAUAUACAAAACCUGCCCGGUUUUGAUGCCUCCAAGGCGCGCAUCGUCGUACAGCAUUAUGCCCCGAAGGCCGAUGAUCCCGACUCCGAGUUAGACUCGCCGGAUCCAGUUGGACCCACAGCGGCUGAAUUGAUAUUGCCCUGGCGACGGGAUCGUUCAUACCAGAGCAUUGUGGCCGAACAUCCUAUACCCGAGGAGGAUCGGAAUCUGUCCCGCGAAUCGGAUGGAGAACGACGCGUGGCCACGCCCACGGCCACCGAAUCGCAGCUGCCGUGGAAGCGCGGCGGGGAAGAAUGCACGGAUGCAGUGCAGCAGAACGAGUUUCCCGCCUGGGCCUCAAACAAGGAGUACUUGGCCUACAAUUCUCCAAGCGCAACAUUCCUAGGUGGUAUAAACAAGCCUAAACAGCCCAAGUCCGUCAUAGGUCUCUUUCGGCGUGAGAGUUCCAGUUCCAAGGGCGGCAGCAUUGGCAUCGGCAGCACCGGUGCCGUGGACGCCACUGCCAGCGGUGAUCCCAUGGUUGUGCCUUCGUCUACUAUGAUGUGUCCCCCAGGUGCGGCCCUAAGCACAGCCCCCUCCACGUCCAUGCACAAUCCGCGCCUGGACAAGCGCUCCCAGUCGAUAUCGUCGGGUUCACUGGGCGGCGGCGCCAGCGGUGGCAUGGUCCCCCACCACCAACUGGGUCCGGAUGGACACUCCGGCCCGUUUCCAGUCACCGCCAGCCAUCGGCGAAAUGUCCGUCGCGGCUCCAUGCUGGAGCUCACCGGACUAAUUGUAACUGGACGCAGACCCAGUAGAAUUUUGCAUAUUAGUCCGGGAGCCGCUACUUUACUAGAAUCAGCCAAGAUCACAGCAACUCCUUCUCCUCCACCUCCUUGUACUUCUACUCGACCUUCUACUUCAACAACAACAACAACAACAGUUCCAACAACACCAUCAACAACAACAACAACAAUAACUACAUCCACCUCCAAGAACAAGAACAACACCUCCAACAAUCCAACAGAAAGCACAACAGGGAGCGCGUCAAGCUCCACGCCCACCUCCACCACAUCAGAGAGUAGCGCCACAUACUACUAUCCCAAAGACACAAUACCCGAGGAAUCAACGUACCAACACGGGCACUCGAAGUCUCUCUGCGAGCCUGCGGACACCGACGACUGGGAGGGUGCUCCUCUGACAGCCGCCAACGGUGCCAACAGCGAGCGCCUCAUGCACAGUGGUCGGGAGCCUCUUCUGCCGCGCCUUGGGGCAACGCCACGCACCCAGAUCCGACGUAUGAACGCGGGAGCGGUUGGUGGCUCGGCAGUGGGUGUGCCUGGUAGAAAGAACCAGGUGACCACGGCCUUGCUGGACUAUGAGGACACCGACUCGGACUCUGAUGAGGAGGAGGAGGAUGACGAUGAGGACGAGGAUUUUGAUUUGUAUGACGACGAGAAUAUUGUGGUCACCACCUUUACAACGCCGGCCACGCCACGGCACCACGAGGUGGGUCGACGACUAGGAUCGAGUCCUGACUCCGGUUCAGAGCCCACCACCAAGACGACGACGACGAGCAUUCGACUGACACGAAACAACGACGAGAGCAUCAUUUGAGUGUCAAGUACCGAGGGCGAUGUGGCCCAUGUGGCCGAUGUGGAGGAGGCGUCUUAGCCGUUCGAGGAGUCUGUUCAAGUACGAGAUGUUCUACUAGGGGUCUGCAAUCUGCAAUCUGCAAUCUACGAUAUGAUGAUGAAGGGAUAUACAUUUAUAUGGAUUAAUUUUAAGCAUAAAGUUGACAAAACGUUGCAAAAUAGUUUCCCCGAAAACGGUUUAAAACAAAAAGCUUUAUAAAUAUUAAAAACAACAAAUCAGACAGAAAAUUAGAUAAAGAAAAGUAAAAGAAAAAUUAAUGAAAUUGGAAUGUAUAUAUCAUAGAACGAAAUUUGAGCCACAAAUUGAUUUAUUCUUGUUUCCUCGUUUAAGUCGCUUCUUAAGGUUUUCAUUCUUUAGAGAUACCCGAAAGGUGGGUACACUUCCAGUUUGUGUUUAGUGUUUAGUCUCGAGCAAUUGUUAUAAUUAUUGUACCGUGAACAUGCAUACUUAGUACAUAUAUAGAACCGAUAUUUAUAUUAUAUACUUUAGUGAUUACAGCUGAUGUGUUCCAAAUAGCAAGAAUAUGAAUUGUGUAAUAAUUAAACGAAGCGUAGCCAAAGUUCAUUGACAAACGUUGAUUUCGUUGUGUUUUAGUUUAGCGAAAAUGUACUACUACUACAAUUAUGUAAAUUCUGAUUCAGAUACAGGUACAGACACAGAUCCGUACUUAAGCGCGCACUUAGUUCGAUAUGAAUUUAGUGAACCGCAGAGUUUAGUUCAAUUUUAGCCUUAGUUCUAUGCGUAACACCUUAUUUCUGUAUAGCCGCAGAGUCAAUACCAAGAAUUAUCGAUGGGAUGUUACUACAAAUUAAAGAAUUACUCUUUGGGAAUAAAAGUUUAGUGCAUUUGUAA